AUGGAGCUCUUGAACGUAGCCAAAUUUCCCAGCAAUCCAUGGUUUAUAUCUCUGAUUCUCCUUGUCUCCCUUCUAAUUUGGCUUAAACUAGCAAAAAGAAAACGCUUAAAUUUGCCUCCAUCACCUCCAAAGCUACCAAUCAUCGGCAACAUCCAUCAACUUCCCCACCGUUCCCUCCGAGACCUCUCGAAAAAAUAUGGCCGUAUCUUUCUUCUUCAGUUGGGGUAUAACCCAACUUUAGUGGCCUCAUCAGCCGACUUGGUUAGAGAAAUUGUCAAAAACUAUGACCUUGUUUUCUCCGACAGACCAAGAACCAAAGCUGCAGAUAUCUUGCAUUAUGGAUGCAGGGACCUGGCUUUUGCACCCUACGGCGAGUACUGGAGACAAGUUCGGAAGAUGAGUGUUGCUGAGCUUUUAGGCCAUAAAAGAGUCCACUCAUUUCAGUUCGUCAGAGACGAAGAAGUUGAACUCCUUAUCAACAAAAUCCGCCAUGCUUGUCUGAAAGGAGAGUCCAUUAAUCUCUCGGAGAUGCUCAUGUUGGUUUCCAGCAACAUCAUUUCUCGAUGUGUCAUUAGUCGAAAAACUGAAGAAGAAGAAGAUGGAAGCAGUAAGUUUGGAGAGUUGGCAAAAAAGGUUGUGGUUCUUUUCACUAGUUUCUGUGUUGGGGAUAUGUUUCCUUACUUGAGGUGGCUCGAUCUGCUCACUGGAUGUAUCCCAAGUUUGAAAGCAUUAUUUGGACAAUUAGAUUCAUUUUUUGAUCAGAUUAUUGAGGAACAUAGGACACCCAAAAGUGAGAACCAAGUUUCCAGUAAAAAGGACUUCAUUUCCAUCAUCAUGCAGCUCCAGAAGGAUGGCAUGCUCGAGAUGGAUCUCACACAAGACGACAUCAAAGCAAUCUUGCUGGACAUGUUUGUAGCAGGAACUGGUACCACCGGAGCUGCAACAGAUUGGAUGAUGGCUGAGAUUUUAAAGCAUCCAAAUGUCAUGAAAAAGGUCCAAGAAGAGGUAAGAAAUGUGGUGGGAAACAAAUCUAAGGUGGAAAUAGACGAUGUGAAUAAAAUGGAAUACUUAAAAUGUGUGGUCAAAGAAACUUUAAGACUACAUCCCGUUGUUUCUCUUAUUGUUCCUCGAAAAAUAUCUGCAAGUGUUGAAUUGGGAGGCUACCGCAUUCCAUCGGGUACCACGGUUCUGAUCAAUGCAUGGGCCAUUCAGAGAGACCCCAAAUGGUGGGAACAGCCAGAAGAAUUCAUCCCGGAGAGGUUCGAUUAUAGCUGUGUUGAUUUCAAAGGUCAAUGUUUCCACUUCAUCCCGUGUGGUUUUGGGAGAAGGAGCUGCCCCGGGAUGGCGUCCGGGGUGAUGCAGGGGAUCCGAGACAGAUGA